CGUUAUCGGAUUAAGUGGUACCCGUUCAGUUGGUGGACACCUUCGUUUGAAAGCUUGAACACCUUGAGAAACGUAGUGAAAAGACUAAACAGGAUGCAUCUGUGCUACUAAGCUAUAUCCUUGAAAAUCUGAGGCUGACAUAAUAUCUAACAGCGAAAUUUUUCUAACAAAUUAAGUCAUGUAGUUAAAUAAUAAAAUCUAUUACGGUUAGAGAAACCUACUUCUGUCUUCAUAUGAAUUAUUAGUCCUGGAAAACCUAGCGCGCCAACUUUCUGCCGCACAGUAUAAACACUUGAGAUGCUGGUCUUUGUCCUGACAUUUUGUUUGGUGCUUACCAAACCAGUAUACUCAGAAUAUCAAAUAAAAGAUAAUUCCCUUGUAUCUCCUUUCACAAGCUUAUACUGGCAACCCUAUGGUACUGCAGUCAUAGAACCUCAGUUUGUGCGUUUGACGUCUGAUGUAAAAAGCAGUCAAGGUGGUAUUUACAAUACAAAGCCUUUGAUCACUCGAGAUUGGGAGGUGGUCAUCGCCUUCCAUGUUCAUAGCCCGAAAACUUUGGUUGGUGAUGGAUUUGCCUUUUGGUAUACUCAGCAUCCACCUUCACCUGGACCAGCAUUUGGUAAUAGAGAAAAGUUUCGUGGGUUAGCUGUUUUCUUUGACACAUACGCCAAUCAGAAUGGAGAGCACAGCCAUGAUCAUCCGUAUAUUAGUGCAAUGAUCAACGAUGGGACUAAGCAUUAUGAUCAUGAUCGGGAUGGAACUUUAACAGAACUGGCUGGUUGUUCGAAUAAUUUCAGAAAUAGUGAUUACUCAAUCGCUUAUAUUCGUUAUAACAAUAACCAGUUAAAGGUUUCUGUAAAACACCAAGGUGCAGGCGAUCCUAUUGAAUGUUUUACAGUUGAUGGUGUCCAUCUGCCAACUGGUUACUACAUUGGAGUUACUGCAGCUACUGGUGAUCUCUCAGAUAAUCACGACAUAUAUUCCAUCCAUACAUAUGAAUUAGAUCGUGUUCUAAAAGAUGAUCCAUUUGUUGAUUAUUCACGAAUUGAGCCAUCAGCUGAACAUGAAUCUGCACCAAGAGCUCGAGUUGAUGAUAGUCCACCAUCAAAAGCCGGUCGUAUAUUCUCCGUCUUCUUCUGGAUAUUCAUGAUCUGUUUUAUUGUCGGUGGAGGAUAUUUCGGUUAUCAGUAUUACAAAAAACGUCAACGACAAUUGAAACGUUUCUACUAGGAAGGCAGCAAUGUCAAGUUUUUUUUGUUGACAUAUUACCAGUCUCCUUAUUCUUCGUCUUCUUCUCCUUUUGUGUUUUUAUUUUAUUAGCCAUCUAUAAGACAGAUUAUUUUCUUAAUAAUAAUAAUAACAAUAAUAACAAAAGAGUGUACAAUAUAUUUGACAUCUACGCUUUGGAAACACAAUAGACUAGAAGAAUAGGCUAUUUACCCACCUACCUGACUACAUACUGGUUUGUAAACAACGUAAUCCUUCUCUUUCUCCAUAUGUAUGCACACAUUCAUUCUUCAGCAGUAAAAAUCAACGAUUACCACCUUGCUAACUUAUCGACACAAUUCAAGCAGUACUGAUGAUUACUUCUUGUGAAAGUGUUCAAUUUUGAAGCUGUAGACAAAAACUGAAAAAAACUCUACGACGAAUUACAAUGAUGAUGAUGAUGAUUUCUGUUUAUCUAAAGCCCACUGCCACUCCCUCCCUCCGCACCCUUUUCUUUUGUUUAACUUUUUGGUCUAUACAAAAUAAUGGGAGGCAGUCCGAAGUGAAAUAUGUCUUUUUUUGUACUUUCCAUUCUCAUCUUCUCUGGGGUUUUUUGUAGCUAAGAUAUUUCUUGUCUGUUUUUUACUUUUGUUUUUGUAUACUACCAUGUAUUCGCUUUAUCGCUUGUUCAUUUGUCGCUGCUGUGGUGCAGUCACACCGCUGCCACCACCUGUCUCUGAAUGCUUUUUUUUGUUUUCUCUCAUACUUCUUCUUUUCUCUGUGAAGUUUUCUUCACUAGAGAAAAUUCUGUAUGCUCUUUGUGUGUGUGUGUGUUGUUUGUAUCUGUAUGUAUGUGCACAAACAAACAAACGAACGAACAAAAAACAAUCAUCUUAUCUCUGAGUGAGUGAGUGAUGAGUGUAUAUUUUAAAAAAAAGACAAAUCUGGUUGUAUCAAUCACAAAUCCAAUGUGCAAUGGAUUAUUUGUUUAUAACUUAGUCACAAAGCUUGUUUUUCUUCGUCAUCUCUACUAAGUCUAUUA